UCGAUGUGUCGGCGCUGCUGAGAGAGGAGGAGGUGAUGGUGGCAGGGUUGGACCACGACGCAGGCUCGGAGCUGGCUUGGCUGGAUGCGGCGGCGCACCCCAAUCGCCCGCUCGAGGCCGGCCACGUGCUGCGGCUUCCCCUCUGGUGCGCUGGCAAGCUGCACGACUACGGGCACGUGACCCUCGCGCUGCCGGAGAUGUUCUCUGACGGGCCGAGGCGCGACAUGGACGCGGACGCGUCGCACCUCAACCUGCGCGAGUGCUGCGACUGGUACUUUGAGACCGGCCGCGAGCUCGCAGGGCGGCUCAACGACGAGAGCCUGCUCGAGACGCUCAGCCGCGGCUUCGUGGCACGCUUCCACAAGCUGCUGGGCGCGGCGCUCUCCGCCUCGUCGCGCGUCGACACCACCGCGCAGAAGGCCAAGCUCACGCGAGUCGAGCGGGCUCUCUUCGACGCAGGCCAGCACGCGAAGCGCAGCGCCGACGCCUGGCGCCUCGCAAGGAACGCAAAGCUCGAGGCCUCAAAGUUCGCGGCGCGCCGGCGCAAGCGCAAGGCGGGCGCGGGCGACAUAUGAGCGCGCGGCUACCUCCCGACGAGCGAGCGAGGCUCGAGGCGGCGUACAACGGUCGGCUUGGAGCCCUCCGGCGGCGCUUGCCCUGCGCCGUUUCUCGCGGAGCGCGGAGGCGGCGGGCGGCAGUGUGCCAGCCCACGCGCCACGCCCCCGGCUGGCUGCACGUGAUCGCGGCACGCGGUGGCGCUUCUGCCGCUUCCCCCGCAGCCGAGACCCGGGACCGAUGGCUGUGUGCCACAUGUACCGCGGGACGACACAAAGUACUGGAUCUCAUGGCAGGGCGCAGGGGGGGGGAUCGAGGCGCGUCCGGCGUAUUUGCGGGAGUACGUUAUACCCGCGGGGACUGUAAUUUUAGGCCCGCAUGAGCCAUGCAUGUAU